AAACAGCUGUUUCAGCUAGACAGAGUAAUACUACGUCCACAGCUAGAUUUCAUUCAUUCUUCGAUCAAAUCAAAUCUUUUCUUUCUUAAAUUCAUAAUUCAUUAAAUUUCACACUAAGUUUAGUGUAAACAUUGUAUUUGCCAUAAAUAUUAUAAUGCCAUAAUGGAUUCAUCGUCAAUAGUGAGUUUUAAUAAUGAUUCGACAUAUCAAACGACGCUCAAAGGCGAGUACAAUAACAUCAGCGUUCACGAAUUGGCCCUUCACGCGAUGAGAGAUCGUUGUUUACUGCUCCAGCGGAGGAUCAAUGCCUUAGAAGCAGACAACAUGCGCCUAAAACUAGACAUGACGAAGACCAGCGAAGGUACUCAAUACAUUCCCCUUCAAGAAGAUGAGAAAGCCCAUUUGCAACAAAAGAUAGCAGAACUCACAAAACAAAAGUCGCAACUUAUGCACCACGUAUUUAUGGUCUCUUGUGAAAACAAAAACCUUUGGACCAAAAUCUCUAAGCUAAAGGGACCUGAUAAAUUAAAAGAACAGGUGAAGCAACCUCUUUUACGGACAAACACAUACAUUCACAGUACUCCAAAAUCGAGUUCAAACCACCAGGAAAAGUACAAUGAAUCUAGUUUGGAAGAGAUUUCUCUAAAAUUAAUUAACAGUUACAUCCAGGAGAAGUCACAGCUAGUUGAGCAGUAUGAACAGAUGGCACAGUUACAGGAUGAUGAUGAGAUGUUGAAUGUGGACUCCAUUGGCUUCACUUACAUGGAGGACCCUGCAACAGACUCUUUAAAGGAAAUUCGGAGUCAGACUGAAAAGCUGCAACAUUUGAAGCAAGAACUAGCUCAACAAGAAAAAGAUUUGAAAUUAGUUUUAGCAAAAGUAGAGGCUCUAGUGCAAGAUGGGUAUAAAUGUCCAACUUGUGCAGCCAACAAUACAAAAAUAACAACUUCGGAACACAAAGAAAUAGAAACAAGUGACAGUCUAAUUAACUGGACUACACCAGCAGAUUCAAGUACUUACAAUAAUAAUUUUAGUGAACUGAACACUUCUGCAUUUAAAAAAAAUAAUGAAUCUCAAAAGGAAGUUAAUGAGGAGCCGUUUGAUAAGAUAUGUCCUAUGUGUGGGCAAAUAUUUCAGAAAGAUGUAGUUUUCUCAGAGUUUCAGACACAUGUAGAAAGUCACUUUACUGGUGAAAGUGAACCAGAUUCAAUAGAAAAUAUGGAGAAUGUUCAAAGUUCUUUUGAUAAUAUGAUUUAAUACAAUUAGUUUUAGGUAUUUUAUUAACCAUAUGUAUGUAAGAGGCACAAUAUAAGCAGAUAAUUAGAAAAACCUACAUACUUUACACAUACAUACUUUUGUAAAAGUACAUUUUUAUUCAUAUUUUAUUUAGCAGUCCACUAAUGUGUAUCAUUAUUGAAUUAUAAAGAAAUUGUCUAUAUGAAAUUCACACAUUUUAAAAUAAUCAUCAAAAAGGAGAGGUGUUUGUUUCUAUCACUACAUUAGGCAAAAAUGGUAUCCUCUCAGUUACCUUUUAUUUUGUGCCUCAUCGAUGACUUAUUGUUAUUAAAUUAAUUUAUAAAUAAAGUUUAGUGCUAACCUUGGUAAUGAAAUCCUUCUAAAAUAAAAUAAGGAAAUAAAAUA